CCCAAUCAGAUUUCGGGGGCAAAACACCCCUCCUCCCCCCUCACAGCCUGCUCCUUCUCAUCCCUCCCAUUCUCCAUUUCCCUCCCUGACAGGGUGUAAUUGAGUCAAGACAGGAUCAAGUUCCCCGCCUUCCCGUCCAAAAAUCCCGCCAAGGAAGCCGCAGAGCACAAGAAAAUCCAAAGUGGAGCGAGGGGAAGAAAGAAAGCACUGAGUCAUCCAUCCAAGAAGAGGGGAGCGCGCAGCCGCCCAGGCAGGAGCAGCAGCCAGCAGUACCUGGAGCCCGCGGCAGAAAUCUCGCCCGCACUGUGCAACAAAGACAGCGUGGUAGGCAGUAAGGACGUCUGCAAGCCAAAAAUACCUGGAGAUUGCUAAAGAUGCCAGAUGUGAGAAGACAGUCUUAAAAAAGGCUAAACUGAAACAGAAGAAACUUGUGCUUGGACAUUUUAUCAAGAAUUCAAAUGUAAUUAUGAAAAGCAAACAUGGCUCUCUUACCUUCUCCUCUCAAAUUGCUUUCUUCCUUGUUCGAUAUUUAAAUCUACACCAACGUAUAACCAGAUUCAAGAUUAUCAUCUUCUGGACCUUGGGCACCAGCAACUGGAGAGGGGUUCAUAAGAGAAAGUAAAUGUCGCCCCAACAGUACCAGCAGCAACGUCGGAAAUUUGCAGCAGCCUUCUUGGCAUUCAUUUUCAUCUUGGCAGCUGUGGACACUGCUGAGGCCGGAAAGAAAGAGAAGCCAGAGAAAAAGGUGAAAAAAUCUGACUGUGGAGAAUGGCAAUGGAGCGUGUGUGUUCCCACCAGUGGGGACUGUGGACUGGGUACCCGGGAGGGCACUCGCACUGGCGCUGAGUGCAAGCAAACCAUGAAGACCCAGAGAUGUAAGAUCCCCUGCAACUGGAAGAAACAGUUUGGAGCUGAGUGUAAAUACCAGUUCCAGGCUUGGGGAGAAUGUGACCUGAAUACUGCCUUGAAGACCAGGACUGGAAGUCUGAAGAGAGCUCUUCACAAUGCUGACUGUCAGAAAACCGUCACCAUCUCCAAGCCCUGUGGCAAACUCAGCAAGUCCAAGCCUCAAGCAGAAUCAAAGAAGAAGAAAAAGGAAGGCAAGAAACAGGAGAAGAUGCUGGAUUAAAAGAGGCCACCUUCUGUGGACCAGGAAAAGAACAUCAGCGAACAGGAUCAGUUAACUAUUACAUUUAUACCUAUUGUAGGCUUUUUACUCAACAGUUAUCUGUAGCUUAAGUAUAUGAUGAGCAAAAACAAGGAGAAAAGAUUUUUUUUUGUAGUAGCAUUUUUUAAAAGGAAAUACAUACCAUAGUACCAGUAGGGGCUUAUAAUAAAGGACUGUAAUACUGUUUAGGAAGUCAACUGUAGAACAUGAUAGGUGUUAGGAUGAGGUAAGAUUCUUUUUUUUUUUUGAAUUUAUGUGAUGUUUCACAUUUAAAUUUUUUUUGUUUUGUUUUUGUUUUUGUUUUUUACAUUUUCCCCUUCGGCAGCAAUUUAAAAGUUACAACCAUGUAAACUACUUCUCUUCUUAGAUAGACUUUUCCCCUAGACUUCCCCCUUCCCUGACAAAUUAAGGAAAAUAUAUCCUAAGAAAAGCAGCAAUAAAAUGUAAUUAUUGUGUUGAAGAGAAACACGUUGUUUUCUGCUGGUGGAUGUUUUCAGCCAACUGAGAGAAGGAAAGAGGCAGAACAACGAUGUAAUGCAAGGUUGACUUUUGUUUCUUAAGGAAAGCGUUAAAACAUGACAUUCUUUCACUUUCACUUCUUGAUGAAAUUAUUUUUCCAUCUGAGGAAAAGAAUCUAGGAAAAUAAAUCAAAGUGAUGCUGAAUAAAA